AUGGGCUCAGACGAUCAAACCAAGCUUCCUCUAGGAUACAGUCUUCACGAUGGCUACCCUUCCGUUCCUCACUACCUAGACCUUCGUGCAGCAUCCGGUCUGUCUCCGAAAACACAAUCACAGGCAACCGCCAUCUCCACAGGAAGUUGGCAUGGUUGCUACAUCACAUACGACGCACCCGGCGAAGAGCCAUUUCCGAUCGGAAUGGGAAGAAUAAUAGGUGAUGGGGGCUGGUAUUUCCAUAUCGCAGAUAUGGCUGUCCAUCCAGAACAUCAGAGGAAAGGGCUUGGGGGUCUGAUCCUCAAGGCGCUUCUUCAGAGAAUUCAUGCAGAGUCCCCUGCAGAUGGCGAACCCUACAUUACACUAUUUGCCGAUGAACCUGGGCGGAAAUUGUAUUACAAAAAUGGAUUUGUGGACUCGGCACCAGGGGAAUUAGGCAUGGCUUGGAAGCCAUAG